AUGACAGAGUCAGUUUCUUUAGAGCAACAACUUGCUGUUCAAUCCAUUAGACGAUUUCUCAAGUCCAAGACUUCUUACGACGUUUUGCCCGUAUCUUACAGGCUUAUAGUGAUGGAUACGUCGCUGCUGGUGAAAAAAUCGCUGAAUAUCCUUUUACAGAACAACAUUGUGUCCGCCCCUCUUUGGGACUCGCAUACAUCGAAGUUUGCGGGCCUACUCACCUCGUUGGAUUUCAUUAACGUCAUUCAGUACUACUUUUCGAACCCAGACAAGUUUGAGCUUGUGGAUAAGCUUCAAUUAGAUGGAUUGAAGGACAUAGAACGUGCCAUAGGUGUUCGUCCGCUAGAUACAGGCUCGAUCCAUCCUUUCAAACCGUUGUAUGACGCAUGUUGCAAAAUGAUCGAGUCUCGCAGUCGGAGAAUCCCGCUAAUUGAUCAGGACGAAGAAACUCACCGCGAAAUUGUAGUGAGCGUUCUUACGCAGUACCGCAUUCUCAAAUUCGUGGCUCUUAAUUGCCGUGAAACAAGAAGCUUGCGAAGACCCAUUGGAGAAUUGGGGAUAAUAACCGAGGGUCAGCUGCUGAGCUGUAACAUGCAUACUCCGGUAAUCGACGUUAUUCAAUUGCUGACACAAGGGGGAGUUUCCAGCGUGCCAAUUUUGGAUGAACAAAACCGCCUCGUCAACGUCUACGAGGCCGUAGACGUACUAGGGUUGAUUAAAGGCGGGAUGUACAAUGACCUUUCUCUCAGUGUCGGUGAGGCACUUAUGAGACGCUCCGACGAUUUUGAGGGCGUUUACACCUGCACGAAGAACGACAAACUAUUCACCAUCAUGGAUACCAUCCGUAAGUCACGAGUUCAUCGCUUCUUUGUCGUGGACGACAGCGGUCUUUUAGUUGGUGUACUAACGCUGAGUGACAUACUGAAUUACAUUUUAUUCGAAGAGAACUGA